AUGAUCACUGAUGUGUUAUUUUACGUGACCUUGCUGCUGUUUUUUGGGACGUGGCAUUCCUGGCCACAAGAGCAUAGAGAAGAUUCGACACCACCAGGGCUGCUGCAGCCCCCCGCUGCUGUAGCCACGGGACAGAAACUAGGGUCCAAGCAGCAGGCCGGUACCCCGAGACCACGGGAGCAGGCAGGAGUUUCGCACUCCCCCAGGCUGGGUAAGUACAAAUAUGAGAAGCGCUCUUGUCUGAGUUCAUGCCGGCCUUCUCUUCUGCUCCAUUGCUUUGGUGAAGCCAAGAUGAAGCUGACAAUUGUCUUCGCUGGACUUCUUGGAGUCUUUCUGACCCCAGCCCUUGCUUUCACUGAUUUCAGCAUUGGAGGUAACAGCAACAGUGGUAUAAGUGGCCAGCAGUCCCUGAGUGUCAACAAUGAGCAUAAUGUGGCUAAUGUGGACAAUAACAACGGCUGGGACUCCUGGAAUAGCAUCUGGGACUAUCGUGCUAACUUUGCUGCAACCAGAUUCUUUGGCAAGAAGAAAUGCAUUGUGCACAGAAUGAACAAGGAAGUCAUGCCCUCUCUUCAAACUCUCGAUGCACUGGUUAAGGAAAAGAAGCUUCAGGGUAAUGGACCGGGAGGACCACCUCCCAAGGGCCUGAUGUACUCAAUCAACCCUAAAGAAGUCGAUGACCUGAGCGAGUUAGGAAAACCCAUUGCUAGCAUGUGCAGGGGGAUUCCAACGUACAUGGCUGAGGAGAUCGAAGGGGCAAGCCUGUUCUUUGCCUCAGAAAGUUGCGUCAGUGCUGAUGUAUUGUGGAUCCUGAACAUUUCCUUCUGUGGAAAAACAGUGGAGAGUUAA